AUGCAGUCUGGCACAUACUUCGUCUCAUACAGUCAGGGCAUCAUCCGGUGUAUGGUGCUGUGCAGAACCACUGCUAUAUCAACGUGUUGCCAUUGAAAUACCUCAUUUUGAGAACGGAAGAGCACAUACGCAUACAACAGUGUAGCCUAUUACCGUUAUUUUUCUUAAAAAGGUGUUGCAAGUUAUACGAAUUUCAUUCAGCUUCUUAAAAGUAGCUUUUGCGGUUUUUAGUUUCAGUUAAAUUCGGGAAGCGUUAUUGCCCUUUCAAAAGCAAAAAUGAAAACCAAGUUCAUAAAUGGGGUAUCAUCGUCCCCUUCGAUGUCCCUUGGCUUGCUGGUCUCCGAAAACGAACUGCACGUCCAGCCCGACACUGAACCUGAAUGCAAAGAUGUAGUUCGGCCUGAGGAACCCGAUCAGCAGACCAAACACAAGGCGUAUUUGUGGUGCAAAGAAUUUCUUCACGGUGCGUGGAAACUGUUGCAUGAAGAGGAUUUUCAAAUCAGCAUUAUAAGGGGAGGAUUAAGCAACAUGCUGUUCCUCUGCGCCUUGCCGGAUGGCGCUGCCAGCGUGGCGGAUGAGCCCAGGGAGAUUCUCCUGCGUCUGUAUGGCGCCAUCCUGCAGAUGUCCUGUAACAAAGGAGAAGCCAAACAGUCAGACACAGGAAAUAACUCUGAAGGUACAGAGGCCAUGGUGCUGGAGAGCGUGAUGUUUGCUAUCCUGGCCGAGAGGGAACUGGGGCCCAAACUCUACGGCAUCUUCCCCCAGGGCAGGCUGGAGCAAUACGUGCCUAGCAGGAGACUGGACACCAGCGAGCUGGGCAUUCCAAGCACGUCGGCCGAAAUCGCCCAGAAGAUGGCCCGGUUCCACGGCAUGAGGAUGCCUUUCAACAAAGAGCCAAAAUGGCUGUUCGGCACCAUGGACAAGUACCUGAACCAGGUGCUGAGGCUCACCUUCACCAGGGAGUCCCACGUGCGCCAGUUCUCCCAGCUCAUGAGCUUCAACCUGCCCCAGGAGAUGGAGACGCUCAGGUCCUUGCUGGAGUCCACCCGUUCGCCCGUCGUCUUCUGCCACAACGACUGCCAGGAAGGUAACAUUUUGCUCCUAAACGGACGUGAGAACUUGGAUGGACAGAAGCUCAUGCUGAUUGACUUCGAGUACAGCAGCUACAACUACAGAGGGUUUGACAUCGGCAACCACUUCUGCGAGUGGAUGUACGACUACACCCACGAGAACUUCCCCUUCUUCAAGGCCAGCCCGGAGAACUACCCGACCCGGGCGCAGCAGCUGCAUUACAUCGGCGCCUACCUGUCGGAGUACGACAGCGGGUUCGAGGCCCUGAGCGACGCGGAUCAGGCCAGGCUGAAGGAGGACGUGAUGCUGGAGGUGAACAGGUUUGCCCUCGCCUCUCACUUCUUCUGGGGUCUGUGGUCCAUCAUUCAGGCCAGGAUAUCCGCCAUUGAGUUUGGGUACAUGGAGUACGCGGCGGCGCGGUUCGAGGCCUACUUCCUGCAGAAGCAGAGGCUGGCGGUGUGAGCGCGUGCGCGCGUGCGGGAGGGACGUCGAGGAGGAGAAGAGGCCACCUGGAUUGGACGGCGGUCUUGUCGUUGUGGUGGGGGUGGGGUGGGGGUGCGUGGAGUGGGCUGGAGAGGCUGGCUUGCGGGGGUCCUUUCAUUGCCACACUAAUCGGCGGGGGAGAGACGCACCCCCCCCCCCCCCUGCUUUUGGGGAAAAGGGGUGCAUGGGACCAAAGUCAAACUGAACCUCUUCAACACGGUGGUGUCCUCCCCGCCUUGUGUGCAGUGCUUCUCUGUGUGUUUACAAUGACAGCUUCCACUCCAUGCUCUUUCAUGCAGUCAGGUCCACGGCCUGCGCCCGGGGUAUUUUUUGGGGGUGUUUUUAUUUAUUUUUUUUAAUUUUUUUUUUUUUUCAUUUCUUCAAGGUCACGAAAAAUAGAAAUGGGUAAACUUGUACGUUCUCAUGGUUUUAGAUUACUACUGCUACUACGACUGUACUACUGGGUGUGUGGAGGGAAUCGUGUUUUUUUUUUUUUUGUUUUGUUUUGUUUGUUUUUUUUUUUACUUUUAAGUACGGAAAGUAUCUUCCAGUAGACAGCGAACACUAAUACGCAUUCCGCAGAAGCCUUCAGACUGUGUUGCCUACGGACUGCGCUGCUGGGCGCUGCGUCGCAGCUGCACGGCUGCUAGAUUAACUGAGCCAUAAAAUCCUGAAGCUUUCGCAGUCCAAAAGGCUUUGGGCCAACAGACGAUUGGAACCGGUCCAAACUGCAUCACCCACCGUAAAUCAACUGGUCGCAUUUAGCUCUCAAGCUUCUGUUUCAGUUGUAGACGUUGGAUUCAUUCAUCAGAGCCCAGUACCCCCCAUCCCCCCCCCGCCCCCCAACGCUGAAAAUGGCAGAAAUGUCUGGUGCAGCAUUUUUAGGAGGCUCGCUGUGUACCAGCUGUCAGGAACAUCUUGAAUACGUCGAAUCGCCUGAGCCGUCUGGGUCACUGGACAGGCGGGACUGCUGCAAAGCAAAGGUUCGCGAAGGUUCGGUGGCCUGUUUUUUAAGCCAGGUUAUGAUUUGGCGUUCCCCCCUAGUGCUGCUCCUGUGUGUUUAGUCACACUGAUGCCCCCCCACCCCCCCCCCCCCCCCCCCCACCUCUCCUUGUUUUCUUAAAAGCGAAGGGAUGAUUUCCCUGCUGGAAAUCUGGAAUAUUUCAAUCCUCACGUUCACGCACGUCGUUCACUAGUGCCAUUGCAUAGCGAGGCUGUGAUUUGUGCCACUUACUGUGAGAUUUUUAUUUUUAUUUUUAUUUUUAAAUGUUUUAUCUGAAAUGGGGAGGUGCAGAAAGCUGUGUGCAGAGUGAGAGGUGAAAUUUUAAGGGCGGGUCGAACCGUCCUGACAACCGUCAGCGGAUCGUCAACCGUAGGCAUGGUGACCGUCGAUGGAAGGACGCGUGAUAGGACGGUGAAAUCUCCCGUCGUCCAGGGCAGACAGGCCCAGAAGGGACGAGGGAGUUUAGUGUCGGAGGUGCAGACAGUAUAUGUGUGCAGCAACGCUAUGGGCGAAACAGAUUAAUGCUCUCCUGGAAAUGGGACCAUUAUAUCCUGAAAAUGUGAUUGUGGAGUGAGGAGAAUUCUUUAUAAAAAAUUCUUUAUUAAAAGAAUUCUUUUUUUUUUUUUUCCUUUUGUUAUUUUGAGCAUACCCUGGAGAAGAGUGUACUGUAGUUAUUUUAUUUUUUUGUUAACCAUCUAUAUGGGUAUAAUUUUAGUUUUGAUGGUUAUGUUUGUUGUGCUGGUGUGUGAUUACUGUGACUUUCUCUUGUUGAUGGUGGUCUCACUUCAGCUGAGACUCUCUGAAAUUGCAUGUAUUAUUAAUAGCACCUUCUAAAACAGUUACUUUUCUAUCGUCUUUUUUUAUUUUUAAAAAAGGCUUCAAUUUCAUGGCAGAAUAAGCUGUAUUCAUUUCCUAAAGUGGAAGCUAGCAAAAAAAAUAAGUAUCUUUUUCUUAAUAAGAAAGAGUUUCUCUCUCCUUAUUUAAUGUAAUAUGUGGUAUGACAUACCAAGAAUUAUUCCUUUUGUUGGAUAAUAUUCACUGGCACAGUUGGGGUUAAUGUCAGUUUUCGUAUUCAAUCUCUCUUCUCUUUCAAUUUCAGUUACACCCUCAAUUCCACUCCAGUGCGAUUUCCAUUUUAUCCAAAUUCCAUUGCAAUUCUAGUUGCCUUUCACUAACCCAAAAUGAAAAUAUGAAUUCAUUAUUUAAAAAAUUAAUAAUGUACUAACUUUGUCAAGACAUGAACAAUAACAGUAAUUUCAUCAUAUGUAUAUAACGUGCAUAUAUAACAUCAGUGGCCAGAUGACAAAACUAAUGUAUAAUAUAUAAAGCUUCAGUCCGGACCUGCAUUUUGAAUUGACCCCCCCCCCCCCCCCACUUUUACUCUUUUGUGACCCCAAUAAGGUAUUGAUGCUGUGAAUGAUGAAACUAUUAUUGGAUGUCAACACUGUAUAGCUGCUGGGCUGUGGAUUCAGAAUGUGAGCUGAUAGGUUGAUGAACCUACUGCUGCGAUGUCAGCAGCCUACGUGCUGCACCAUAUGAUGCUUUCUGCAAGUUCUGCAAUAAAUAAAAAAAUAUGCAAAUAAAACGU